UAUUCUGAUUUUUUUCCUCAUAAUCAAAAACACAUAUUUUGCGGCGCAUUUAACAUUCUCUCCUGCUUCAGUCGCUCUGAAUCGGCAUGUGAUUCUCGCUGAAGGACUAAAAACUGAAACUUGGAGCUUGGAUUUUGAGCCAUGGUCUUCACUUCUUCUUCUUCUUCUUCUUCUUUUGAAUUUCUGUGUUUUCGCCAAAAUUUCAGACCCGGAAUGAUGUAGUAUGAAUGCUUCGAAAGGUGUUCUUUCCUUGCUUUCUGGAAUGCGUUUAAGGGGUUCGAGUGGAUUUAUCAAUAUAUGCAGCCAAAGGGAAUCAUUGAACUGAGCAGAGCAAGCAUUCCACUUUUCUAUUGAUAUUCAUGAAGGACCUUUCUCAGAUGCUUCCUACCAGCAGGAGCAGAUCCCAGCUUAGAUCCAGCAGAUCUGGGUCUUUUUCAGAAAUGGAAUACUCGGAAUCAAGAAGGAAGCCUCACGUUCUUGGUAAACUCUUCAUGGCUGCUGUUUUGACAACAUUCUGUGUAGUUAUUGUGAAGCAACCUCCAAGCUUUAGCUGCUCAAAUGUGGUCGCUGAUCAUGAACCGGGAAUAAUGCAUGUUCUGGUAACUGGAGGAGCAGGCUAUAUAGGUUCACAUGCUGCACUUCGGCUCCUGAAGGACUCUUACAGAGUGACUAUUGUGGACAAUCUUUCCAGAGGAAAUAUGGGGGCAAUUAACGCCCUGCAAGAGCAAUUUGCGGAAGCUGGUAGACUACAGUUCAUUUUUACGGAUCUUGGCAACGCUAAAACUGUCAGAAAAUUAUUUUCUGAAAAUGCAUUUGAUGCUGUCAUGCAUUUUGCGGCCGUUGCUUAUGUUGGUGAGAGCAUGCUUGAGCCUCUCAGGUACUACCGCAACAUCACAGCAAAUACACUAAUCUUGCUUGAAGCUAUGGCAGCACAUAAAGUAAAAAUACUGAUAUAUUCUAGCACAUGUGCUACUUAUGGACAGCCUGAGAACAUGCCUAUCACAGAAGAAACUCCACAGGUUCCAAUUAACCCUUAUGGGAAGGCCAAGAAAAUGGCAGAGGAUAUAAUUCUAGAGUACUCGAAUAAAUCAAAUAUGAGCGUUACAAUUUUAAGGUAUUUUAAUGUGAUUGGAUCAGAUCCGGAAGGAAUAUUAGGUGAAUCUCCAAGACCAGAAUUGCGGGAGCAUGGUCGCAUAUCAGGCGCAUGUUUUGAUGCUGCAUUGGGAAUCAUUCCAGGGCUUAAGGUGAAGGGUACAGACUAUGAAACUGCAGAUGGAACUUGUAUCAGGGACUAUAUUGAUGUUACCGAUCUGAUUGAUGCUCAUGUCAAGGCCCUCAACAAGGCUCAACCCAACAAAGUUGGCAUAUACAAUGUUGGCACCGGAAAAGGAAGAACAGUGAAGGAGUUUGUGGAAGCUUGCAAGAAAGCAACUGGUGUUGAAAUCCAAGUGGAAUACUUGAGCCGGCGGCCCGGGGACUAUGCCGAAGUUUACAGCGAUCCAUCCAAGAUUCAGAGGGAGCUGAACUGGACUGCUCACAACACUGAUCUAUUUAAGAGCCUUCAGAUCGCCUGGAACUGGCAGAAGAAUCAUAGAAAUGGUUAUGGCUCUCCUCUUGCCAUGGCUUUUUGACUAUUCUAUGUGUGAUUAGUCAGGUUAUGUACACGCAAGGAUGUGUUUUUCAGAACUAAGAGCUCUUCUAUCUCUAUUUUUUUAUUAUUGGGAAAUUUACAUAUUUAGGGCACCAUCUUUAUGUAUUUACAUA